AUGCUUGCUCCAGGAACGUGUGUCCUCAUGCAGACGUGCCUCUCUGGCUCUGUCUCUCAUGCCGGCAACUUACAAUUAGUCCCAGAGCUCUUCACUACUGUGCUCCUGCCUCCAGGAAUCCUAGGAGCCAUGGGAUCCUCUGAUACACAUGGUUUCCUGGAGGGCCUUUCUGGCCAUGCGGAGAGUGAGCUCCUGGGAAGGAACUUCCUUAAUCAAUGCAAACCAACAUCUUUUCUGCAACCUGGAGUCUCAAGGAGUUGCGUGAGAGCAAUGAGAGAGGCCUUUUUGGGGUAUGAUUCUCUGAGCCCAGAGAGGGAUCAGGACUGCCUGAGAGCCAGUGAGCAUUGUGCCCGGGAUGCCGGCUGCAGUGCCCGGCUUCGCACCCUUCGCCAGUGUGUGGCAGGAGAUGGUGCAGCCAAGCUGGGGCCUGGUGCCCAAAGUCAAUGCCAGAGCACAGUCCAAGCUCUGCUGUCCAGCAGUCUCUAUGGCUGCCAAUGUCGGCGGGGCAUGAAACGGGAGAAGGACUGCCUGGGAGUGUACUGGAGCCUGCGUCAUACCCUCCCACAAGGUCAGUAAAUGAUGCUAGAAAGCUCCCCCUAUGAGCCUUUCAUUAGAGGCCUUGACUACGUUGGAUUGGCAGCUAUUACAGCAGGGUCCGAGGGCGAGAGCCUGUCCCCGCGAGGCAACCGCUGCCUGGACGCGGCCAAGGCUUGCAACGUGAACGGGCUGUGCCAGCGGCUGCGCGCGGACUACGCGGCCCUAUGCCUGAGGGCCGGGACCCGCGGCUGCCCCCGCCCCCGCCGCCACCGGGCCCUGCGCCGCUUCUUCGACCGGGUCCGGCCAGCGCUCAGCCACGCGCUGCUCUUCUGCCCCUGCGGGCCCGGGGACGCGGCAUGCGCCGAGCGCCGCAGGCAGACCAUCGUCCCUGCGUGCUCCUACGGCCCCGGCCCCAGCCCCGGGCCUCGCACCGCCCCCGCCGCCGCUGUCCAGCCCAACUGCCUGGCGCCGCUGGACGCCUGCCGCCGGGGCUACGUGUGCAGAUCCCGUUUGGCCGAGUUCCAAGCAGCCUGCCAGCCAUCCCUGCUCACCCCCAGUGGAUGCAUCCACGAGGAUUCCCUCAGCUGCCUAUGGGCCUACACUGGCAUUCUGGGGACCCCCAUCACACCCAACUAUGUGGACAAUGUAAGCACUGCUGUGGCACCUUGGUGUAGCUGCAGCUCCAGUGGGAACAGGCUUGAAGAAUGUGAGACCUUCUUGGGGCUGUUUGUGGGGAACCCUUGUCUUCAAAAUGCUAUCCUGGCUUUUGGCAACCAGACAGCCCUAAGCUGGGGCCCCUCUGUUUUUCCACCUGGAACAUACCUGCAGAAAUCCCCUGGUCCUGGGCAAAGCCUCUUCAACCAACUGAAGCCCACCCAACCCACCCAGGUAUCAGGCGAAGGCAGGCCUUCCACUGGGUGUUCUCCAAGGCUUUGGGGGGCUCAAGGCUUGACCCUCCCUAGGGAUCAACUGCUUUUUACAGCCCUGGCUCUCUGGUUCCUGCCUUGA